AGAUCUGGUAUAGUUGAAGCUGCUGGGAAUCGCAGAUGCCAGGCUGCUGGAAAUGUACUUUACAGACUGUCAAAAAGAAGCUGAAACUUUCAAAAAGGCAGUCAGCAGCAGCCUUACCUCCUGCCUCUUCUCUGAUACCUAAAAUCGUUCCUAUGGGUUUGGUUGGAUUGAGAAAUGAAUGUGGACAGUGGGAAGAUAAGCACCCAUAAAACUUUUGGACAGACCUGGAGUUGUAAAUGACAGCUGAGCUCAGACAGCAUCAACACCAAGGAAAGUCAGACACCUGUGUCAGCUGCAGACAGGCCCCAGGAACGUGGGCCCCGCUUUGAGGGGGUCACUGAGGCCGGCUCCUUAAUACAAUAAAAAAGCUGAGACUCUCCCCUGUUGGCACCUGAGUCCCAAAAAAGGAUCAUUUGAUUGGCUUAGGUUGCAUACUUGUCUGAUACUAUUAGGGAGGUAGUGCAUGGAACAGGAAAGUGAGGGGUGGUGGUUUUAGACAAAGACCACAGACAUCUGCCACGAUCUGACUACCCCUCUGACUACUAGAAACAGGGAAUUGGUGCCUUCUUUGGGGCUAGAGUCACAUGAGAAACCAUAGGGCAAGGGAAUGAUGGGACAGUGGCUACUCAGAAUGGACUUCCUGUUGGAUUUAGGGGUGCAAGUGCUGUUCUGGGCAGGCAAGAAACUGGCUUGGGAUGGGAGGCUCUGGACUGAGUGAUUCUCACGAGCUCCAGUAAAACAGCAUGUUGGGGUGGUGCUGGGUGUGGGAAGCUCAGUGAAAUCUCAAAGUUGACAGUUGAUCCAAAACCCCUCCGGGUACACAGGGCCCUGAGAACAGGGUUGUGCCCUAGCGACCACUGCUGUUUUCAGACUUCAGCUCAUCCCUAUUUUUCAUCUUCAUUUUUAGGACCCAGGGUCAUUCUGGGCAGGGAGAGCAAAAGCAUUUGCAGAGGCCAGAGGUGGCAGUGACCGCAUGGAGCUGGGAGGAGGGCUGGAGGAAGGCCUAGACUUGGGACAGGACCGGACACACUCCCUAGCUGGCUGGCCUCCGGGGGAACGGGGCGUGGAGCAGCUCAAUUUGAAUCCCCGGUUCUGGUUCUUGGACCGCUUCCCCUCUGACAACAUUCACUCCCUCUCAUCCACAGAGUCUCAUCAGAGUCGCUACUCAUUGAUGACUCCAGGUUUCUCCACCUUGAACCUUCUCUCCCCGGCAUUCUAGACACAAUACACAAUCAAAACCUCCACUUAGACAUCUAGUAGGUUUUGAAAAAUAACACAUCCAAAAAAUGAGAUCAUGAUCUUCCCCUAUUGCAUCUCUCCAGGAUGUACUGACAAUUCAAUUUUCCAGGAACUCAGCUCACGUCCCGGUCCGUGCACCCAACCGGUCUCGCCAUGGCCGCGCUCUCCCAGGAUCCGCACUUCCAGAAGCUGCGGGAAUGGCACCGCGAGAACGGCUCAAAGCUCAACUUGCGCCACCUUUUCGAGGGGGACAAGGAACGCUUCAACCACUUCAGCCUGAACCUCAACACCAACCAUGGGCGUAUUCUGCUGGAUUACUCCAAGAACCUGGUGACAGAGAAUGUGAUGCAGAUGCUGGUGAACCUGGCCAAGUCCAGAGGUGUGGAGGCUGCCCGGGAGCGUAUGUUCAGUGGCGAGAAGAUUAACUUCACUGAGGACCGAGCAGUGCUACACGUGGCCCUGCGGAACCGGUCCAACACACCCAUUUUGGUGGAUGGCAAGGAUGUGAUGCCAGAAGUUAACAAGGUCCUGGAGAAGAUGAAGUCUUUCUGCCAGCGCGUCCGGAGCGGGGACUGGAAGGGAUACUCGGGCAAGAGCAUCACGGACAUCAUCAACAUCGGCAUUGGCGGCUCCGACUUGGGACCCCUCAUGGUGACCGAAGCCCUCAAGCCAUACUCUUCAGGAGGUCCCCGGGUCUGGUUUGUCUCCAACAUCGAUGGGACCCACAUUGCCAAAACUCUGGCUGCACUGAACCCCGAGACCUCCUUGUUCAUCAUCGCUUCCAAGACCUUUACUACGCAGGAGACCAUCACAAAUGCAGAGACUGCCAAGGAGUGGUUUCUUUUGUCCGCCAAGGAUCCCUCUGCAGUUUCGAAGCACUUUGUUGCCCUCUCCACCAACACGGGUAAAGUGAAGGAGUUUGGAAUUGACCCUCAAAACAUGUUCGAGUUCUGGGAUUGGGUAGGCGGGCGCUACUCGCUGUGGUCAGCCAUCGGACUCUCCAUCGCGCUGCAUGUGGGCUUUGACAACUUCGAGCAAAUGCUCUCGGGGGCUCACUGGAUGGAUAAUCAUUUCCGCACGACACCCCUGGAGAAGAAUGCCCCCGUCCUGCUGGCUCUGCUGGGUGUCUGGUACAUCAACUGCUUUGAGUCUGAGACGCACGCCAUGCUGCCCUAUGACCAGUACAUGCACCGUUUUGCUGCCUACUUCCAGCAGGGUGACAUGGAGUCCAAUGGGAAGUACGUCACCAAGUCUGGCGCCCGCGUAGACCACCAGACGGGCCCCAUUGUGUGGGGGGAGCCAGGGACCAAUGGCCAGCAUGCCUUCUACCAGCUCAUCCACCAAGGCACCAAGAUGAUACCCUGUGACUUCCUCAUCCCGGUCCAGACCCAGCACCCAAUAAGGAAGGGUCUGCAUCACAAGAUCCUCCUGGCCAACUUCUUGGCCCAGACCGAGGCCCUGAUGAAAGGGAAAACAAUGGAUGAGGCCCGGAAGGAGCUGCAGGCCGCAGGAAAGAGUCCCGUGGAGAUAGAGAAGCUGUUGCCACACAAGAUCUUUGAAGGAAAUCGCCCCACCAACUCCAUUGUGUUCACCAAGCUCACGCCAUUCAUCCUGGGAGCCUUGAUUGCCAUGUACGAGCACAAGAUCUUCGUUCAGGGUAUCAUCUGGGACAUCAACAGCUUUGACCAGUGGGGAGUGGAGCUGGGAAAGCAGCUGGCUAAGAAAAUUGAGCCUGAGCUUGACGGCAGCAGCCCCGUCACCUCUCACGAUUGCUCCACCAAUGGGCUGAUCAACUUCAUCAAGCAGGAGCGUGAGUCCAGAAGCCAAUAAACGCAUGCUCCACUGCAGCCCAGUUGUAACUCGUCCUUCCUGUCCCUCCUCACCAGAGUCCGCACUGCAUGGUCCUGGCCGGAGCACCGUCUGGCUGCCAGUUGGGACCACCAACCCUUCGGGGGAUGCUGGUCUGGAACGGCCAACUUCCCCCCGCCUCUGUGUUCACGGUCCUCCAUGUUACAAUUGACUGGAGUGUUUCAGUGCAACUGACCUCUGUUCACAUUGUUCCUGUGCCAGGUAGAAAAAUAAAGAUGUCAUCCAGGAGGUUGUAGCUUGGCCUCAUG